AUGUCUAAACACAAAAGCUUGGAACAUUUGGAAAUGUGGUAUGAAUGCAUGGUCGGUGACAAGCAAAAUACCUCUUUCCUCAAGUACACGAUAUCUUUAGUUCAAUUAAUGCUAAGACUUGUCAAAUAUUUAAUUUAUAACAAGUAUCAAUAUUUUAUAGAAAAAUCAGGCGACACUCUAGAUGACAUCUGGAUGGCUGGUGUGGGAGUCGCUCGCAGCCCUCCACAAAAGUUGAAUAGUGUUAGUUCUGGUACAUUUCAGAUAAGCAUAGGUAUUUACCGUAUGUUGGAGAGUUCAAAGUUGAUUAUACGAUUUAUCUUUACUGUUUCAACCGCGCUUAUGGAGGGAAGAAAAGUGGAUUCUUUGACGGAUGGACGCUUAUUAAAUGAUGGUUUAGAGAAGAGGUUUAAUGAAAUUCUUUGUAGCCAAGAUUACGUUCAGAGGGACGUAAAGCGAGAUUAUCCCGAUAAUAAAUUAAAAAAUAGUUUCCAUGACGACAAUAACCUCUCGAAGAAGUCAAUUAAAAGGUACUUCGAUCCUGAUUGA